UUCGUGGCGCGAGAGCGGAAGUGGUGGGGACCCGAGACCUGCCGCGGGAGUCGCCGCGGGAGUCCGGAGCUGAGUUGCAGCUUAAGUCCGAACCGGACCUUGGCGCGGCCUCCUAGGGGGCGAGAAGCCUGAGGUCAGGCCGAGCCUGGGCGCCACAAUGAAGGACUCUCUAAUACUCCUGGCCCGCGUGCCGGCCCACCCAGACUCACGCUGCUGGUUCCUGGCCUGGAACCCUGCGGGGACCUUGCUGGCCUCGUGCGGCGGCGACCGUAGCAUUCGCAUCUGGGGCAAGGAGGGCGAUGGCUGGGUGUGUAAGUCUGUUCUGGCUGAGGGCCACCAGCGCACCGUGAGGAAGGUGGCCUGGUCCCCUUGUGGGAACUACCUUGCAUCUGCAAGUUUUGAUGCCACCACUUGUAUCUGGAAGAAGAACCAGGAUGACUUUGAGUGCGUAACCACCCUUGAAGGGCAUGAAAAUGAAGUAAAGUCAGUAGCUUGGGCCCCAUCUGGUAGCCUUUUGGCCACCUGCAGCCGGGACAAGAGUGUCUGGGUCUGGGAAGUUGAUGAAGAGGAUGAAUAUGAAUGUGUCAGUGUCUUGAAUUCACAUACACAGGAUGUUAAACAUGUGAUAUGGCACCCUAGUCAAGAGCUAUUGGCAUCAGCCAGCUAUGACGACACAGUUAAGCUCUACAGGGAGGAAGAAGAUGACUGGGUAUGUUAUGCCACCCUGGAGGGCCACGAGUCCACAGUGUGGAGCUUAUCCUUUGACCCCAGUGGCGAGCGCCUGGCAUCUUGCAGUGAUGACCGUACUGUGCGCAUUUGGCGCCAAUACCUACCAGGCAAUGAGCAAGGAGUAGUCUGCAAUGGUUCUGACCCUACCUGGAAGUGUAUUUGCACCUUAUCUGGUUUUCAUUCCAGAACAGUCUAUGAUGUCUCUUGGUGUCACCUUACUGGGGCCCUGGCCACAGCUUGUGGUGAUGAUGCCAUUCGGGUAUUUGAAGAAGACCCCAGCUCAGAUCCUCAGCAGCCAUCCUUUUCCCUAACAGCUCACCUACCGCAGGCCCAUUCCCAGGAUGUGAACUGUGUAGCUUGGAACCCCAAGGAGCCAGGGCUACUGGCUUCUUGCAGUGAUGAUGGUGAGAUGGCCUUCUGGAAAUACCAACGACCAGAAGGUCUCUGAGGCCCUGCUAUCUGUUGUUACCAUCCCUUGGACCUUCUAGCAGGGGAAUAGAAUUUAUUUUCCCCAGAGGAAAAAAAAAUCAUGAGAAUCAGUUUUUCCAGUCUAUGAUAAAAGCCUGAAGGAGCACAGUGCUAAUUUUACUUCAUGUCUGAACUUAAUUCCUCUAUUCAGUUUGUCAGAUGCUGGGUUCAAGAGCCCAGCUCCAGAAUCACUAAUAAUUUUUCUGUCCUGUGAUUCAGGCUCCCUAGUUGAAUUGUGUAAAAUAAAUGUUUUAAAAAUCUUA